UCCUACAAAGGUUCUUCCUUUUUUCUCUUUUUACCCACAAAAAAUAUCCAUUGGUGAAAUUCACAGGACAGAGAGUUCCUCCUCCUCCACGCUUUCAACUUCCUAAGAUUUGGGGUUUUGAUAGAAUCAUGACUGAGAAAUUCAUAGUGGAGAAUGUGCUGAGCGAACUGGUGGAAACCAUCUCCGAGAGCGUUCAGAAGAACAACCAUGGGUCAUUUUUCGGGCAGGAAGAGACAGUCUCUUCUGGUUUCAGCCGGUUGUUUGGUCGUCAGAAGUCGAUUCAUCAUGUCUUAGGGGGUGGAAAAUCUGCUGAUGUAUUGUUGUGGAGGAACAAGAAGAUCUCAGCGAGUGUCCUCAUGGGAGCAACUGUGAUCUGGGUGCUCUUCGAAUGGAUCAAUUUCCACUUUCUGAGCCUCGUAUGCUUCGCCCUCUUGCUUGGCAUGAUUGCUCAGUUUGUGUGGUGCAAUGCCUCGGCUUUUCUGAAUCGAUCAUCAUCAUCUAGAGUGCCUAGGCUUGUUCUCCCAGAUGAGUUCUUUGCGAAUCUUGGCAAGGCUUUUGGGACAGAGAUUAACCGUGGUUUGGUCUUCCUUCAAGAUAUAGCUUGCAGAGGGAAUUUGAAGCAAUUCCUUGUGGCCGUGGCUGGAUUGUGGGCAGCGGCAAUCAUUGGUAGCUGGUGCAAUUUCUUGACUGUUUUAUACGUCGGGUUUGUGGCGGCUCAUGUGUUGCCAGUGAUGUACGAGAGAUACGAAGACCAAGUGGAUGGGUUUGUGUACAGUGUGACCGGGAAAGUUCAGAAUCAUUACAAGAAACUCGACUCUGGUUUUCUCGGGAGGGGAAAGCUUGUUUCCAUGAAACAUGACUGACUCACUCAGUGUCUUCUUUCUUCAGAACCCAUUUGUGCUUUCACUCUGUAUACAUGUAUGUAUACAUGUACGUAUGCAUGUAUGCAUGCAUGCAUGUUCAUGUGGACUUGUAUUGGAUAAUCGUAUUUGAAACCUAAUUGCAUUGGAUAUCACUUGUGUUAUGAUCA